ACAUCCAAGGCAUUACGUCCCUUGUUUUAACGUUUUGAUUUCCUGUAUAAAAUUCUAUGUAAACGACCAAAAAUCUGCACGCAGAAAACAAUGUAGAAAAUAAUCAUGAAGACGAUGCAUUGAAGAAGCCAAGAUUAUAAAAUAAUACUAGGCUAUACAAGAUAUCACUAUGCCAGAAGUUAUUAAUGUGAUGGAUGCAGUACAGUUACAGCCGUUCAGCCACCAAGUAGGUGGCAGCACCAGUGUGAUGAGCUUUAAUGAUACAACAUUAUGUAAACCACUGAAUCCAAGGGAGCACUAUUUCUAUCUGAACAUGCCUAAAAGUCUUAAAGAAUUUACACCUGAAUAUAGAGGUUUGAUAGAAGUAAAGUUAAAAGAGGAUAGUGAUGGUUAUAUAACAUAUAUGGGUUACCCCUAUGAGACCUCGGAUCACAAGAAAUCCCCAGUAUCUAGUUGUCGGUCAUCUCCUGAGUCCAGCAGUAGUGACCAGGACAUUCCUGUCAUACUUAGAGAUAAAAAGAAAAAAGAAAGUGACCCUAAUACAAGUGCCAGUAUCCGUUUAUUACGUAGUGGAAGUGUAGAAGUGAGUACACAGACAAAUACUAUGUUCCAUGCCAUGGAUCCUGGGAAGUCAGGCAAAACAACAGGAGUUAACCCAUGGAGUGUUAAAUGUCAGAAACGACUCAUUUCUCAGAUGAAGAAGAUUGAUAAAGAUAGUAAAAAAUGUAAAUUUAUACUGUUGGAAAAUGUAGCAGCUAAAUUUCAGAAUCCAUGUGUAUUAGACAUGAAAAUGGGAACAAGACAACAUGGUGACGAUGUUUCUGAAGAGAAGAAACAAAGGUUCAUGAAAAAAUGUCAGACAUCUACCUCAAGUAUAAUUGGCAGUAGACUUUGUGGGAUGCAGGUGUACCAAGCCAAAACAGGGAAAUAUAUUUGCCAUAAUAAGUAUUAUGGGAGAACUUUAACAUUAGAAGGAUUUAAACAAACACUGCACCAGUUUCUACAUAAUGGUUAUGAACUUCGUACAGAUGUUAUAGAUGGUAUCAUUAGUCAGCUCCAUAGAUUGUCACGUAUUCUAACUGAGCAAGACACAUUCCGUUUCUACUCUAGCUCCUUGCUGCUUAUGUAUGAAGGACAUUAUUCUCAGAAUGAUAAUGAAAAAGGUCAGAGUACAUCAUCUAAUGGACCAACAAAGGGAGGCAACUGCAAUUGUGACAAUAAUCAAAAGGGAGAUAAGCCAUGUCAUAGACCAUACAAUUGUAAAAUAGAUAUAAGAAUGAUUGACUUUGCUCACAGUACACAUAUAGGUAUACAGGAUGACAAAACUGUACACAAUGGCCCUGAUUCAGGAUAUCUAUUUGGUCUCAGUCAUCUUAUUGACUUAUUUACUGAGAUAAAACAAGAAAGUUAAAUGGUUCUUGUAUUGUAGAAUAUUUACAUUGUUAAAUUUUCUAAAUUUUAAUAAAUAUGAAACUGCAGUAAACUUUACAUGUGUAACACUGUCCUCAAGUUAAAUGUGUAUUUGUUUAUUCAUUUAUAACAUCUGGCUCAAGUAAAAAGUGUUAUUACAGACUCCAUAAUGAGUAACAACAUAAUUUUUUCUACUCAUAUUGCAGACAAUUCAUAAAAAGUAACACUUCUCUUGUUUUUUGUUUGUUUCUUAUUUGACCCUUAUUUCAGGUUAAUAUAAACUUAUUUAGACAUAUAAUUAUGUAUAUUGUGUAACGAUUUAUUUUCAAAUUAAACAUAUGUGGAAGGCCACUUCCAAAAUAUAAUUUUAAGAGUUUGAGGAGGUAAUUUUAAUUAUUAUUAGUAAUUGUACAUUUGUUUUGUACUGCAAAUUCAGAAAUUUGUUAGUUCAUUUAUUAUUAUGAUAUAAGAAAAUGCAGAUAUAUGCGAGAUAUCAAAAUGUGGGUUCUUAGUAUUGUGCUACUAACUCAGUCACAAUUUGUAAAUUAACCAAAAGUUAGAAUGAUUUCUGAAUUAACAGUACUAAAAGUUAGGAAAGUGUUCACAAACUUAGGAAUUUGCUAAUCUAAAAAUAUCUUUCCUGGCCAAAGCUUCUUUCUUUUUUGACUAGAUAUACCAAUGUUUAGUUCAAUUAAAAUGGAUUGUUUGAUUUUAGACUGCAUUUGUAACACAUUUAUUUCUUGUUCUUUAUUUGUGUAUAUUGACAGAGUCAACUGUAUGAUUCAUAUGUUUAUAAUAUUGUUAAAUUUAUAUCAUGUUUAGUUUUUUUUUUGUAAUUUCAUUCAAAGAUGAUUGAAGUAGAAUGUGUUCCUUGAUUAUUGAUUAUUAAUUAAUUACAUGAAUAAGUAUAAAAAUAAUACUUAAAAAAUUGUCCCAUUUAAUCUUCCUUUUCAUUGUUGUUUAAAUUUUGCGCUCCAUGAAAACAUUUCAGGAGCAUAUAGUUAUCCCUAUAUCUUAAUCCUUCUGCCAGUGUGUCCAAAUUCAAUGGUGUUUUUAUGGUAUGUUCUGUUACCCUUUGCUAGAUUUAGAUUAAACUUAUGUGCUAAGAAGGAUGGAGGGAAAGUGAAGAUUGUAUCGAUUUUGGUGUCAAUAGGUUUAAAAUCAAAGUCACUUUCAGAAAAAAUAAAAGUUGUGGGUUCUGGAUUAACACUUUAGUUUCCAUGGGUUCUGGAUUAACACUUUUGUUUCCAUGGGUUCUGGAUUAACACUUAAGUUUCCUUUGCCUGAUUGUAAGGAUUUGUAAAAUGAUGGAUCAUCCACUUGUUAACUUGUUUAUAUGUGUCUGUGUAAAUAAAGACAAAACAACAUAAAAGUUAAAGGGCAGCAUUUUGAAUAGAGGUAAAAUUCCAGAGAGAGUAAGAAGUAGGCAUAAAAUGUAACAACCUAAUAAAGGUUAAGCAACUUAAUUUUCUGCAUUUAGAAUUUCAAAUUAAGUUUCAUCAGAAAUUUUUAAAGAGGACAGAAAAAAAAAAGCAACAAGGCUGAUGUUAACAUAAAAGGCAUUAUUUUGUGAUAUAACAGCAGAUCAUAAACCGUGAUUACAUUCCAAUUCUCUAAAGUUUAUGUGCUUCUUAUUCAAAAGAAUCCCUUCUCUUAAAAAAGAAAAAGGAACAUUUAAUGUAUAUAUAUAUAUGAAAUACUGUGGAUUAUUUAACUUCUUGGGUAUUAAUUCUUGUAUAUUGAGGAAAAAAUGUAGUAUGGUGGAUAUUUUUUUUUUUUUUUAUCGAAAUCUGUAUUCAAACCUAUAGUGAAUUUGUGUCUCAAUGAACAUUGAAAUGCAUGGUUUCUUUAUGUCCACAAAAUCCCUGAAAAUUGGUAUCCAACUUAUAAUCAGAAAUCCACAGUAAAGUCGUUACAAUGUAUUUAUAAUGAAACGUUUUUUUUUAAAGGACAAUAUAAGCUAUUGGAGCAGCUAAUAAAAUUAUCAAAAAACCUUUUUUAUAUUUAUGACCCAGAUUAUUCAUGUUAUAUAUGGAUUAGCGCAGCAACUUCUAUGAAGUGUGAUACCUCUUAUAGGCAAAAUAAACUAUGUAUAAUUUGCCAUAUUAAAUGUUGUCUUUGCAACACAAAUUGACAAUGAUUUAUGUAAAAAAAUUAUUGUUCCUUAUUGUUGACCGUCUUGGUCCUGUCACUUGUUAGUGACAGAAAGAAUUAUAUUUUCUGUUUCUUUGUGAAUUUAUUUUGAUGUUGUAAUUUUUUUUUCUCAUAGACAAACUUUCUAUGUAAAAAUGUGGGACCUUAAUUAUUAUAUGAUGUUUUGCUUAUAAUUACACCUUAUGUAACAAUCCGGGGUUUUGAUUGGUUGAUAGCCAGUGUAUUUUUCACCAAUUUACUGUUAUAAAAUGAAUAUCUUCAUUUUAAACGCCGCAGGGGUAUUUGCUAAAAGGAUAUGCCUUUUUUACCCUCUCUGCCGUGGUAUUUGCCAAAAAAUACUCUAUCGGACUGAACGCUUGUAACGUCACGAUCAUCAAUGCAUUUGAGUACAUUAACAUUCAGUGUAAUUAAACAGAUAUAUCAUGUUCAUGAGGGGUAUUUGCGAAAAAUAUCAGUCUUGAGAAUGAAUUUCCAUCGCCUUACGGCUCGUGAAAUUCAACAUUCUCUCGAAUGGUAUUUUUCGCAAAUACCCAUCCUUAACAUGAUAUAUCUGUUCAAAAUAUCUGGUUCACACAGACCAUAAAAAUUAUAAAAUAUUCCAAUCAUAAGAUUGCAUUUAAUUUUAUUCAGUAUAGUUUAUAACAAUGUAUUUACGAUUAUUUGAAUUUCAAAAUAAAAUGUAUAUAUGACAAGGCUUCCUUUUGAUCCCCAUACCUUUUUUUGUGUAUGUCCUUGCAUAUUAUGUCAAUAAGAGACAUUCAAAAGGAAGUCUUUCCAUAAUUUAAAUGUAAUGUUGGGUUAUAAGUUAUAUCAGUUGAAUUUUUUUAUGGGUAUAUAAAUUUAGAAACACUGCCUUGAUUGCAUUUUUUGUAAAAUCUUAUUUUCAUCUUUUUUUUCUAGAUAUAAUCAUAGACCCCCAGAUCAUUGCUGUUAUAUGACAGAACUAUAAAUUAGGGAAUCAGAAUCAAUUUAUUAUACACCACAGUCAGUAUAUGGUGUACUACUGAUUUACUGUCUUGUAAUUCUGUUCAUGGUUAACAGUAAUGACCGUAUAGGAUAUAUUAUGUAGUUUGUAAUGCAACCCUACCUUGUAUAUAACAUUAUAAGGUUACAGCUGUUAUUUUUGUUCCUUGAUUGUAUAUUUUUGAUUGUCUGAUUUCAGAAAAAAUACAAUCUAAGAAAUUAUUAUUUCUUUCCAAAAUCCAUUGAAUAUUUAUAAGAUUGGAUUGUUUAAGUGGGCAUUUAAACUUUCCUUAUUUUUUUUUUUGUGGAAAGCAAUACAGUGUAUGCUUAUGUGUA